CAACCGAACCACCAAACAGCAACAAAUCAACAUGGAGGCCGAGAGGCGCCAAAACAGCGCCACAGUCCGAGGGCGAGACGCCAUUUUGUUUUUGUUGGUUUACGGAGGGGCGGGGCUAGGUCGUGACGUCAGGAGCAGAGUCACAGAAACACGACGGAUGAACAUGACGAAGGACUGACGUGAGACUGCUCAGAGUACAGUUCAGUCAGUCCAGCGGACGCACAGCAGGCAGGAAGUGGACCAUACGUGUCCUGAUCAACACGUCAGAAGGUUACCUGACAUGUAACCUCAGCUGACCUGACGUCAGUACACAUGAACUGUUUCCUGUCACUCUGCGUGUCACGCAGGGUCCCGGAAAGACAGAUUCUGACUCUGCCUGCGUCACCUCUGUGAGCCGAUCGAUCAAUAAGUGGCAUUAAAGCGUGAGCAGACAUGACGCCUCGUCCAGAUGAAGAGUGACGAAGAGCAGCACGCUGAGCGUCAGCGGGCAUCAGUUUAUCUUUACGGCUAAGCUAACAGGUGUAAAGUUAAUAAACCACAGCUGUGACAUCACGGUUUAUUGAUCCAACAGAAGCAGCUGAUCUCCGUUCUCCACCCUGAGAGUUCAGAUCUGACAUGUUUCAAACAUUAACAUGAACGGCGAGCAGAAACCGGCCCCUGUCUGAUCCUCGCCGUUCUUCUCGUUUUUGUGAAAAAGCUGACAUGUUGGACAUGUGUGUUUCUCAUCACAGUGAUCCCUCCUGUCCAUGUGUUCUCCAUCUGAUCCCAGAACAGCUCUGUGUGCAGGAUAAUCCGCUGUAAUCUCAGUUAAUCUGUCCCCUCCCCCCGCGCUCUGUCCCGGCUCGGCUCGGUCUCUCUCAGUCUGUUCUGACUGCAGGGAUGAGGGCUGGAGCUCCGGCAGGUUUCCUGGUUUUGCCGUGGCCCGGCGGGGGCGGCGGCUCGGACCCGGGGCCGGGGGACGAGGGCCGGGGGCCCCUGCUGCUGAGGUGUGGCGCUCUGCUGGGAGUCGCUGUGAUCUGUGUGGCGGUGUUGAGGAGGUGGAUUGCAGGCGGAGUGUGUCGCUGUACUCUUCGUCUCGAUGGAAAAACAGUUCUGAUCACAGGAGCCAACACCGGCAUCGGCAAAGAGACCAGCAGAGACCUGGCAGGCAGAGGGGCCCGGGUGGUCAUGGCGUGCAGGGACCUGACCCGGGCGGAGCAGGCGGCGGAGGAGAUCCGUCAGGCGACAGGAAACGGUAACGUGGUCAUCAGACAUCUGGACCUCGCCUCACUUUACUCUGUCAGACAGUUCGCUAAAGAGUUCCUGGACACUGAAGACAGACUGGACAUCCUCAUCAACAACGCAGCAGGAGUGAUGAUGUGUCCAAAAUGGCUGACUGAGGACGGUUUUGAGACUCAGCUGGCUGUCAAUCAUCUGGGUCACUUCCUGCUAACCAAUCUGCUGCUGCCGAAGCUGAAGAGCUCCGCCCCCAGCCGAGUGGUCACCGUGUCGUCCAUCGCCCACCGGGGAGGUCGUAUCGACUUCGACGACCUGUUCUUCAGCAGGAGGCGCUACAGUUCUCUGGAGAGCUACAGACAGAGCAAACUGGCCAACGUCCUGUUCUCCCGGGAACUCGCCCGGCGACUCAGAGGCUCCGGCGUGUCGUCAUUCUGUCUCCACCCGGGCGUGAUCCGGACCGAAUUGGGUCGUCACGUGCAGGGCUGGUUUCCCCUGCUGGGGGCGCUGCUGAGCCUCCCCUCCCUGCUGCUCAUGAAGACUCCCAGGCAGGGCAGUCAGACCACGGUGUACUGCGCCGUGACGCCGGGCCUGGAGGGGCGAUCCGGAGCAUACUUCAGUGAUUGUGCAGAGAAGGAAGCCGCUCCAGAGGGGCGGGAUGAUGCGGUGGCGAGGAAGCUGUGGGAGGAGAGCACCCGAUUGGUUGGAUUAAAAGACACAUGCUGACACCUGACCUUGACCCUGAUGUCUGAGUGCAGCAGGGAAACAGGAAGUGAAAUACCCACAGACUGUAGUGCCCCCAUCAGGUCAGAGGAGAGGACGAUGAGCGUCAGUGAAAUAUGUGUGAUUGACAGCUGAUAGGAGCCAAUCAGAGGAGGAAUGAUCAAUAAUGCUGACUAGACAACCAGUCUUUGAUUGGGCAGUGUUUACUGUUGACCUUUGACCUGCAGUGAUGUCACAGGUGGUUUUAAAGGUUAAAAUAAAUCCAGUUUAGACUCAGUUUUUAGUUUAAAGAUACAGUUUCCUGUGGAGCAGCGUUCCUUUAAGUUCUCCUCAGGUUCACUUUGUUUGCUUCAUGUUUCCUCCACCUUCUCCAGCGCUCUGAUCUCCUCCUGUUUUCAGCUUCCUCUAUGUUUCCUUUAGAUUUCUGUCAGGUUCCUUCAUGCUUCCUUCAUUCUCUGUGUUGUGUUUUGUCCACUUGAGUCGUUUCUGUUUCAGGAUGUUUGUCUUCAGCUGUAUGAAU